CCCCCACUGAGAGGGGUCAGCAGCAGCUGAGUGAGGGACCCCUGUCCCCCCAGAUACUCACCUGUGAAAACAUCUCACCUGAGAGGUCAUCACUGGGCAGGAGAAAAUGAAAACCUUUGCAGAGUCCCACAAGACUGUUUUCGUUGUGGAUCACUGUCCGUACAUGGCAGAAUCAUGCCGACAACAUGUGGAAUUUGACAUGCUGACUAAAAAUCGCACUCAGGGAAUUAUUCCUUUAGCUCCAAUCUCAAAAUCACUAUGGACGUGUGCGGUGGAAGCAGCUAUGGAAUAUUGUAGGAUCAUGUAUGAUAUCUUUCCUUUCAAAAAAGUGGUAAACCUCAUUGUCAGCGACUCAUGCUCCCGUAUAUUGAAUUCCUGGUCUCAGGAGGACCAGAAUGUACAAGAGCUAAUGGAAGCUUUAGCAACAAUCGGCCCGCCCAAUCCUCGCGCUGACCCUGAGUGUUGUAGUAUACUGCACGGACUGGUUGCGGCAGUAGAAACAUUAUGUAAAAUCACAGAUUACCAACAUGAGUCACGAACCGUGUUAAUGGAGAACGCAGAUAGAGUGGCGAAUAGAGGACGUAUAAUCUGUCUCACCAACGCAAAAAGUGACAGCCAUGUUCAGAUGCUCGAAGAUUGUGUCAAUGAAACCAUUCAUGAACAUAACAAGUUGGCAGCCGGCUCUGAUCAUCUCAUGCAGAUCCAGAAAUGUGAGUUGGUUUUAAUCCACACUUACCCAGUUGGGGAUGACAGCUUGGUUUCUGAUCGACCCCGAAAAGAGCUCUCGCCUGUAUUAACCAGUGAGGUUCACAGUGUCCGAGCUGGACGCCAUCUUGCCACAAAACUGAACCAUUUAGUGCAACUUCACUUUGACCUUGCAUCUACAACCAUCACCAACAUCCCGAUGAAGCCCACACUCAAUGUCUGUGAUCAGGAAGAACAACAUGCCAAUACAUCAGCAAACUACGACGUGGAGCUUCUCCACCACAAGGACGCACACGUGGAGUUUGCAAAGAGUGGUGAUGGUCAUGUCAGUAACAGUCGAGAACCCACACUGAAGGAAACGGUGACCUUGAAAUGGUGCACACCAAGGACAAAUAGCGUGGAAUUACAUUACUGUAUAGGAGCCUAUCGAAUAUCCCCCGUAGAUGUUAAUAGCAGGCCGUCCUCCUGUCUCACCAACUUCCUUUUGAAUGGUCGGUCAGUGUUGCUGGAGCAGCCACGGAAGUCUGGAUCGAAAGUAAUUAGCCACAUGUUAAGCAGCCACGGGGGUGAAAUUUUCUUACACGUGCUGUGCAGCUCUCGCUCUAUAUUAGAGGACCCUCCAUCAAUCAGUGAAGGCUGCGGGGGACGAGUGACUGACUACAGGAUUACGGACUUUGGGGAGUUUAUGAAGGAAAACAGACUGAUGCCGGUAUCAGAGUCCCGCUACCAGAUGGAUGGGACGUUGGACGUUCCUCUGGAAAGAGCCAAAGAACAGCUGGAAAGAUACACUCGGUAUUGGCCGAUGAUUAUCUCACAGACGACUAUCUUCAAUAUGCAGGCUGUUGUCCCCCUGGCCAACGUUAUAGUAAAGGAAUCUCUAACCGAAGACGACGUGGUGAACUGCCAGAAAACUAUUUAUAAUUUGGUGGAUAUGGAGAGAAAAAAUGACCCGUUACCCAUUUCUACAGCCGGUACCAGAGGCAAAGGCCCCAAAAGGGAUGAGCAAUACCGCAUAAUGUGGAACGAACUGGAGACGCUGGUCCGUGCCCAUGUCAGCGCCUCUGAAAAGCACCAGCGGGUGUUAGACUGCCUACUAGCCUGCAGGAGCAAACCUCCCGAGGAAGAGGAACGCAAAAAACGGGGCCGCAAAAGAGAAGACAAAGAGGACAAAUCUGAGAAAGUCACCAAGGACCACGACCAUGACAAGAAAAGUCAGGAAUCUGACAGGUUGAAAUCAAUAGAACGAGAUAAAGAAGACCUGACCGAGGCAGAAGUAAUAAAGGAUUCUCCGGAUUCCCCUGAACCCCCUAACAAAAAGCCACGCAAUUCGGUGGAUGAUGUGACCCCAGUUGAAAAGUCCAAGGGACCCAUGUCUCUGCUGGCGCUGUGGACCACGAGAAUCCAUGCUGCAAAUUCCAGGAAGCAUCAAGAGUUUAUUGGUCGCCUUAAUUCCAUCAAUAACAAGGCCGAGUUAUACCAGCACCUCAAAGAGGAGAACGGUUCGGACACAGUGGAGACUGGCAAGGCUGGCAGGCAGUGAUCACUCUCACAGUUGUUAGAAGGACCGCCUCGGCUGGACAAGGCAUCUAAGACUUGCCUGCAACAAAUCCAUUCUAAAAAGAGAAAAGAUACUUGCUGUCCUCCUUCAGGGCCAUCAGUGACCAGAGAAUGGCAUGGAGAUCUCCAAUCCAGUUGCUUUUAGUGGGAGCUUUGUACAAAACCUUGGGUUUUUAUGAAAUCAGUAGUUCAGCUCUUGAUUUCUUUUGUAACUUGUUCAUAGUGCAGCGGACCUGGUCUCCAUUUUAAUUCCCCCAAAACAUGGCCGUAACGAUUGGCUUCAUUCAUGGUAUUUAAGAAGGAAUGAAAUUCUGGCUUUGUCUCUUCCCUGUGUAAUGCUGCUGCUGCUGCUGUACAGCUUUCAUUCCAAGUGUUAAGAGAACUUUUAAUGAUGAUAAUGAACAUCUGUUUUUUCCCUUUAAUUCUCUGUAAAAUGCCCUUUUUUCACUUUAGGUGCCUGGACUUUCCCUUUAAAUAGAUGAAUUCAUUAUCAGUAAACCUGUAUAGAAAAAGUUUUUUUUAAAAGAAUUUUUGUAUCUUUGUUCCGAUUUCUUUUUCAAUUAAAUGUACAUCUAUUGGUGAAAAGAUUAUAAGAGGCACAAAAUGUUCUAAAAUAAUGUGUUUUAAUGCACUGGAAAUCUGCACCAUGGGUUUGGUUUCUAACAGUGAAUCCGUUUAUCUGUAAUUACACCUUAAAUGUUUUAUUAUAUAGUAAAUUAUUAUUUAUAUAGCGCCAUCAGAUUCGGUAGCUCUGUAUAAUGGGAUCUGCUCUGUACAUGCUAUUAUUAGGCUCCACAUGUGUGUUCAAGUUUUCUGUACAAUGUUAAAAUACCACACGUUUUCACAAUUUCAGAGCAACAUCAACACACAGUAAAUAAGUGGCCAACCUUAACCCAGUUGUGUGUAUUCUAAAGAACAUUGCUGCUUGCUGAUAAGGCUGAUGUUAGGGGAGGGAUUUUCUAGUCUGUCUGGGCGAUGGUAAC